AUGGAUUACUACUUGGUACUUAUUGUGAUUCUCUAUAGUUUCACGACAGCUAAACAAGUUUCAGGUGCUACUCAAGAUGACGACAGUCUUCUCUACUGUCCUGGGUCACCAGGAGCAGAACAUUCUGAAUGCCCUACGUCUGACAACCUCGGUACAUCUGGGAACCACCAAGGUUAUCAUGGACCAGCCACAGACAUCGGGUCUUCUAGUCUGACUGAACAAACAGAAGUCAGCACUCCACGGCUCCCGGAAGGUCAGUCCGCUGUAAGAAGUCCAGUGCUGUACAGCCAACAAGCGACGGUAUUUCUGGUCAACAACUGGAAUGAUUUGACAACAUGGAACCCAGGCAACAAAUCCUUGUCUGUGUGUGAAGAACACGUUGAGCAGGCCAUCAAAGGCUAUCUAGCAAACCAGAUGUGGGCACUUCAGGUUUUUGAUGCCUGGGCAAAGCCAGGCCCAUCACUGCUGGAGGGCCGGUCGAUGUUCGCAGGCAACUACCAUCAAUGUAGGGGUAUACGAUCUCCAGAAGGGAAGACUGGAAAGGGAUUUGGAGGCAAUUACUGCGUGGUGUAUUUGGCCAAUUUAACUGUGUCAGGCAUAACUGAUAUCACUGACUUGAUGGCGUUGUCCAGAGUUCAGAUCGGCACCUGUUUACCCGACACCUGUACACAGGAAGAUAUCACGCAACUAUUUCAAGAACGAUUGGAGGCGAUGAAUCUGAGUUCAUUCCUUGCAGCUCAAUCAACGGACUGUCUGUCGGAGGAGAGAGAAAUUACAACCUUCACAAAAAUUGCUCUGCUGAUAGUUGUAGUGAUAGGUACUCUAGUCAUCUCGGGUACAGCCGUUGAUCUGGCAGCUCAGUUCUGCAAGCCGGGGUCAACCAAUCUCACACCGGAAGGUCAAGUCAAGGAACCCGAACAAGAGAUCAAAUCACGUACUACAGGUGUGUGGGUGAACGUUCUUCUGUCAUUCUCCGCAUACACAAACGGGAAACGUCUCUUGUCCACCUCGCAGGCACCUGGGUCAAUCACGGUCAUCCAAGGCAUGCGAUUUCUGACCAUGGCAUGGAUUAUCAUAGGCCACGCAUAUUUUAUGUUAAUUUAUGGCCGUGCAAGUAAUAUAUUGCAGGCCAACGCUUCCGUCAUACGUUACAGGAUCUUUGAUACCAUCACCAACAUGCCUCUGGGAGUUGAUUCGUUCUUUGCUAUAAGCGGCUUUCUGGUGUCUUAUCUCAACUUGAAGAAAGUCAUCGAGAGUGGUUGGAAAUUCAGCUGGAGACGUUACUUCAUACAUCGGUACUGGAGACUAACCCCGACCUACAUGGUGGCUUUCGUCUCGAUCGUGGGGCUGCAGAGGUUCUUUGUGUCCGGCCCCACGGCCCCCACAGUUCAACCCACGGAUAAAGUGGCUUGUGAGAAAUACUGGUGGACUUUCCUGCUCUACGUCAACAACCUCAGGAAGUUUGAGCCUGACUACAUGUGCUUCCCCCAAAGCUGGAGUCUUGCCGCCGACUAUCAGUUCUACCUCCUCAGUCCGCUGAUGUUGUUACCUUUUUAUUAUCACAGGAACUAUGGUAUCGCCAGUUGUCUCCUCUUUAUCUUGGCUCAGUGGAUUCUGACCGGAAGUUUAGCCUAUUACUUCAAUGCAACGAUUGGCACUAUAGGACAACCAAUGGAGUACUUCCACUACAUCUACUUCCCGUUCUACACCCGAAUUGCACCCUUCUCUCUGGGUAUCCUGACCGGGUACAUCAUGUCCGCUAACAACGGCCGUGUUACCAUGGACAGGUGCGUUGUUAUGAUUGGAUGGAUCCUUACUGCUGUAGCUGGAUUGUUUGUAGUGUUUGGUUUUCAUGGUGAUUUGAGCGGAGAAUAUCGCAGCAGUUUAUUGGUGGCGUCAGUUUACAAUGCAACGUUUCGAACCGUCUGGGGCGCCUGUAUUUGCUGGAUCAUUGUCGCCUGCACGUCAGGAUAUGGAGGACCAAUCCAUGCCUUCCUGUCCUGGUCACCAUUUACAGUCCUAGGCCGCUUGACUUACACUGGCUACCUGAUCCACAUGUCCGUGCUGGCAGUCAUACUGGAGAACCUGGAGCAGCCGCUUUAUUUAAACAUCUUUGCUGUGGUUGUGUAUGGUACAGCUGGCGUUGUGUUCACUUGCGCUCUGUCGGCUAUUUUGGUCGUCUGUGUGGAGAUGCCGACAUUAAAUUUGGAGAGGGUUCGAGACCAGAAAAAAAACGUAUAA